AUGCGGACCUCGCCUAUCUUGCAACAAGGACCCAUAGCAGCGAGCAGCACGAGCUCAGAGCUCAGCAGGAUCUGGACAGAUGCAGACGAAGAUGAAUGGGAGCCAACAGAGGAAGGAGAGAUACCGAGUUUGGUAGCCAUACAGGAUCGCAUCAAGCAAUUAGAAGAUGAACGCAACAAUGCAACACAUAAGGAGGGCGGUCAAGUCAAUCAGCUCAAGCUCACCGGCCGGAUCAUUCUGGCUUGUCACACGAUGCCAUACAGCUGUCAGCUUCGACCACGAACAGAGACCGAUCACUUGCUCGAGCGAGUUUCUGCGCUUGCCAUCAAUCUAGGCGACCGCUCGACCGCGCCACCUAGCUUGCAUUCGCCCAGCGUGGCACCACGGCCGAGUUUGAGCAAGAUCCACAGCGGCGUGACCCUACCCGGCAGUACCAUGCGCAUGAGUCCCACAGAUGCAGAUGGCCUCAAUCCCCCUCGCUCGGACCCAACGCGACCCAUGUCCAUCACAGCAGCAAUGCUACAUGAUGAAAUGCACAACAACGCGGUGCCCGCUACUUCGACGCCCCUGUCGCCUGCUUCCGGAUCAGUCUUUGACGAGAGUACGAGCGAAUACGCCUCAACCUCUGCUAAUGGCACUGUGUCAGGCUUGCACGCGCCAAGAGCGAGCACAGCCAAUACGACAGAGAACAGCUCAUCUUUCGUCUCGCCGCCUGCGACACCGGCCAAGACUGGCUCGCGAGCGAGAGAACGAUGGCAGACGGCUUCGUCGGGCGUCAUGUCAGAGACCGAUGCGACGGCUUGCUCUGCGCGAUGGAUCCUCACACCCAGACGGGGUCAUGCCGCGCUCAAUUCGGGUAUUCGAGCGCUCGCAAGUGAUCGCGAUGUCACGCUUGUAGCCUGGCCAGGUGACCUUAAGACGACAGAUGGCGAGCACCUCGAGGCGAGCACAAUCAGCCCAGAGUGCAAACGCGAGUUAGAGCAAGGCCUGGAGGAGCUAGGCAAUACUCGAGAAAAGGCAGUCAAGUGUGCGCCCGUCUGGCUAGAUGACAAGGUCGCCGUCGACUUCUACGAAGGAUAUUGCAAAGGCUACCUCUGGCCUAUCUUUCACUAUCUCGCGCUCUCGGACAAUGCGGAGAAAGAAGACGAAGCAAGAACCUGGUCAGCUUACUAUGCCGCCAACGUCGCUUUCGCCAAUAAAAUUGCCGAGGUCUACAAGCCUGGCGAUUUGAUCUACAUCCACGACUACCACCUCUUGCUCUUGCCUCGCCUGCUUCGAGAACGCUUCCCCGACAUCUGCAUCGGCAUUUUCAUCCAUUCACCUUUCCCUUCCAGCGAGUUCUUUCGCUGUUUGCCUCGUCGCGAGGCCAUCCUGGAUGGCAUGCUGGGCGCAAAUCUAUGCUGCUUCCAGACAUACUCGUACGGUCGCCAUUUCUUGAGCGCAUGCGUCCGUGUCAUGGGCUACGAAGCUGCUAAAGGAGGCGUCGAGACCAAUGGUACUUUCUGCGCAAUCGACUACUGUCCGAUCGGCAUCGACGCAGAGCGAAUCGAACAUGAUCGUGCGGCACCGGGCGUCCUGCCCAAGAUCGAAGCCAUACGCUCGCUCUAUGCAGACAAACGCAUCAUUCUUGGCCGGGACAAGCUCGACCCUACCAAAGGUGUCAUACCAAAGCUUCGAGCGUACGAACGAUUCUUGCAUGAUUACCCCGAUUGGAUUGGACAAGUCGUCAUGAUUCAAGUGACGUCGCCUGCCGCCAAUGACUCGCCCCUCAUCGCCCAGAAGGUCUCACAACUUGUCGAUCAUAUCAAUGCGACAUAUGGCAGCCUGCACUACCAGCCACUUCACCACUAUCAUCAGACGAUAGAACGCGAUGAAUACUUUGCUUUGCUAUCUGCCGCCGAUCUCUGCUUGAUCACCUCGAUUCGUGAUGGUAUGAAUACGACCAGCAUGGAAUACACUAUCUGCCAAACCGAACGAAAGAGCCCGCUCAUCUUAUCCGAGUUCACUGGCGUAACGGGUCUGAUGAAGACGGCGCUCAAGAUCAAUCCAUGGGAUCUGGGCGAUGUCGCAAGAGUAAUCGAUCAGGCAUUACACAUGUCACAGCACGAACGAGAAUACCGUCAUGCUGUCGUGCUAAAGCGCGUCAAAGCUCACACGGCCGCUGUAUGGUCGAGCUCGCUCAUCAUGAAGCUUCUUGAGUGUGUGCACGAUGAUCAGGCGACGCAGUUCACUCCAGAGCUCGAUCACGACAAGCUCGAAGAAGGCUUUGCGACUGCUGGCAAACGCCUUCUGCUCUUUGACUAUGAUGGUACGCUCACACCAAUCGUCAAGACGCCAAGCGCGGCCGUCCCUUCGAAGAAACUACUAGAGGCACUCGAAAAGCUUUGCAGUGACCCCAAAAACCUGUGCUACAUCAUCUCUGGUCGAGACGGCGAGUUUCUUGACAAACAUCUUGGUCAUAUCAAAGAUCUUGGCUUCUCUGCCGAGCAUGGCUGCUUCUUGCGCGAGCCCGGUCAAGACACAUGGACAGACCUCACUGAGUCGAUCGACAUGAGCUGGAAAGAGGAUGUCGUCGAAAUCUUCAAAUAUUACGAGGCUCGAACGACAGGGUCAUUUGUGGAGACGAAGAAAUCGAGCACGACUUUUCACUAUCGCAACGCAGAUCCAGUUUACGGCGCUUUCCAAGCCAAGGAGUGUCAAGGCAUUCUUGAGAGUAUGUCGGAGAAAUUACCAAUCGACGUCCUCGUCGGCAAGAAGAAUGUCGAAGUCCGACCGGCACACACGCACAAAGGCGAGAUUGUCAGGAGGAUAUGCUAUCAGAAUCCCGACGCAGAAUUUGUGAUGUGCGCCGGCGACGACAAGACCGACGAGGACAUGUUUCGAGCUCUCUAUUCAAUCCAACAGCAGACUGCGCCCGGCACACCGCCUUUGGUUACUCCGCCGGAGUCGCUGAAGAUGUUCCCGGCGCUCUUGCAGAAUCCAAUCGUCAAGGCACACGUCAAGGCAUUGACCGACCAUGGAGCGAGCACGCCCAACCCGGACAAUCUGCCGAGCAUUGAAUCAAAGCUGCAGGGCGACUGCAUAUACACCAUCGUUGUCGAUCAGAAUGCGAACCGCAAGACGACAGCUUCCUGGCGGGCGACUGCCCUCGAAACUUUGUCGAUAAUCGCCUCGGCUGACGAAAGAAUUCGCCGCCCGCGAGCGCAUACAUUCCACUCCCAGGCGAUCACCCUGAUCAAAUUGGCGCAUGCGCAGCUCGUCUGUGCACGGCAUUCGAGGCUCAGUAUGGAUCUCGGGUAUGCGAGCAUCCAUCCUCAUGUCGCACUGGAUUCAGUGCCUCAAGCGCUACGAGAUCCAUACAUGCUAGAGGACAUCAACCGCAUGAUGCAGGAGAACGGCGGCGGCGGCUAUCACGAGGAUAUGUACGUUGACUACGGCCAGCAUUCGCAAGGCAGUCUGGCGUCGAACGAGGGCAUGCACGCUUUCGAUGCUCAGCUCUACAAUCCGUAUGCCUCGCAUACUGCUCUGUACCAUGAACAGCAGGAGCAGCUGCCAGCAGACGCGACCGAGAUGCUCGUCCAGCCACAACUCGAUUCGCCUUACCGCGAGGCGGUCCAACAUGCGCCUCGUCCAUCGAUGCCGGCCCGUGCAUUCACCACGGAUGCGAUCAGCAUGUCAGCACAAGCGUCUCGCGCUUGCGCAGCGGCGUCAAAAGGCAUGUCUCCCUACGUCUUUCAGCAAGUCCGGCCGCCCCUCAAGCAGGAAUCUUCCGACGACUCGUUUACUUCUGGUCUCCUUGACCGAACGCUGAGCGCUUCGCAAUCGCCUGCGUUCAGUCAGCAGUCGUCUAUGGCAGACUCGCCCGAAUUUGAUUUCACGAGAACUGGCACGACCGCGACGCCCCACAUGUCACGCUCACACUCGACCGACUCCCGAUCAUCCGGUCUCCAGACGCCGGCUAGCUUGUCAAAUUGGUCAGCCCCUACGUCAAGCGGGAUGCGCAAGAGCACGAGCAUGUCCGCUUAUGCGCCCAGCGCUGCCAAGCUGGCCAAGGCGAUCACGCCGAGGAAGAAGCCUGCGCGAAAGCCGAGUAGGGCUUCUCCUCCGUCGUCGAGCUCGCUCGAGCGCAGUCAGAGCACGCAGGCCAACGAAGCUGUUCGGCGCGCCCUUCAGCAGUCCAUUCGGUCCGACGAGACUCUUAAUGCCUCUUUUGGUAGACAAGCCCCUGCAGGCCGUCAGAUCGUUCUUCCGGGCACUAUACCCGUGCGUCAAAGCCAUGUCGUCGCUGCUCCGCACGCACCGGGUGGGCCUCGCGGACUGUCCAUUGAUACUACUCGUGCUGCAGCCGCAUACGCGCCUGUGGCUCGGGCAGUCAACGGAUCUGAAUCUCCCAUCGCCCGGAUGACGCCAUUAUCGAGCUCGGCCACCAGGAGCAUGGCCUCUUUGCAGCUUGGCGCCUCGUCGCCUACGCAGGAGAGGCAGACUGUGAGCUCUGCGCUCACUGCAGCUAUGCAAGCAAUAGACAGAGCACGCACAUUGCUUUCACGCCUGCCAGAAAAAGAGGGCGUCUGUCAGGCAUAUCAAAUCGGUGACGAUCAGCUAGAGCAGCUCGACGAUCUCAUCCGGCGCGCAAGUGAGCGAUUGGCGCUCGAAAAAGAACACAGCAGCGUCUAUGGGCAGACGUAUUGCUAG